UGAGGCGUUUUGUCAAGUACACAGGUUACGGCAACGCAGCGGGCCUGCUGGCCACCAGGGGUCUGCUGGGUGGCCAGGGGUCCAGAAUGUCCAACUCUGCCGGCCGCUAUUCCAGCGACUCUGACUCUGACACCGAGGAGUACCGGCAGGUCAAAGAUCGCAUCAACCCUGUGACAGGCCGGGUGGAGGUGGAGCAGUCCAACCCCAUGGCGGGCAUGACGGAGGAGGAGAAGGAGGAGGAGGCCAAGACGCUGAUCAUGCUCUUCAACAAGCUGUCCAGAAGUAACAUCAUCCAGACUAUGGGAGUGGACUCGGAGGGGAAGCUGGUCCCACUGUCGAGCCUGAGGGAGAAUUCGAUCACUGAGGAGAUGAGGUCUGAGUCAGAGAAUGACGGAGAGGCAGAGGAAGGAGAGAAGAACUGAAACAUGUCAAAUUCACUCAUUCAAAUUAUUCUGGG